AUGAAGCUGCUAGCAUUCGCUCUUUGUUGCUCUGUUCUUAGCCAACAGGCUAUAUCUCAGGAAUCAGUGGACAUCAAUGAUCAGAUUGCCGUUAUUUCAAAUUGUCUUAGAAAGAUACUGCAAAAUGGAUUGCCAGAUUUUGGAAUACCAAUUUUGGAUCCACUAAAUAGUUCUCAAAUAAGUGUAGAUUUAGCUUCUUUCGGAAUUGACAUUGUUAGUGGUACUCUAGUCCUUAAAAACUUGAUACUUCAAGGACUAGCCGAUUUUGAUUUGGAAGAUGUAGAUAUUAGCAUUAACGGUAAUGCGUUAACGUUGAAAUUCAAUUUGAUAGAACCGAGUAUAAGCUUUAAUUCUGAUUACAAUUUUAAUGCUCUUAUAUAUGUGUUACCCAUAAUUGGAAAUGGAAAACUAAGUGUCAUCCUGAGUGAUUUAGUUGCGUCAGUUGACAUCACAGCUAAUUUGCAAAUUGGCAAUAUUCAAGUUGAAAAUUUCCAAAUCAGCCCCACAAUUGGAAAUUUGAAUGUAAGCUAA